GCGGGGCCUUGGAGUGCUGCGGGAAGGGCAGGGGUGGGACUCUCACCCGCUGCAGCACGAUGAUGUCGCGGUCUGUGAGUUUGUCUCCAGUCACAGGGUCCACCAUAUCCUUCCGAAUCAGCUUCUCCACGCAUUCGAGGGUGACCACAGCCCCACUGCGGUGAGGGCGAAGGUGGGAGACUCUGAUCAGAGGCCGUCCUGGAGACCUACCGGCCCCAAAGCCGGCCCGCCCCGCAGGUUCCCAGGUGGUCCCUUCCCUCCCCUCCUAGGUGACUCACGAGGGCCGCAGCACAGCGCAGGGGGUGGCGUUGCUCAGGCUGUCGCGGGUCACGGCGCACACGUAGCGCUCACUGCGCGUAAUGAGCCCCACGCGGUCCACGGAGCUGUCGAGUGGUGUGAAGUGCACGGGCGUCAGGUCUGACAUGCGCAGGGGCUUCCCCGACAUGGGGCAGGUCACCGUGCGGGACUGCAAGGGGCAGAGAGAGGCAGGCUCAGUAGGCAGGGCUGGCGCAGGUGGAGAACGGGUGGUCCCUGUGCGUGAGAAGGACGCUGGGGGACCCUGGCGCCCUGGCACAGUGCGUGCGGGGGCGCUGUGGGGGCUCACCGGCUUCUCCAGCUUGGUGGCCUUGGCUUCGGGCGUCAGUGACGGGAUCCAGAAGCUGGGCAGCACUUUGUCCUUGUCCUUACUUGGAGGACCCACACUGGGCCCAGGUUGGGCAUCAUCUGUGGGGGAAGAAAGGGACUCAGAUGCCCACCCCUGGGCCCGCCCAGCCCGCGGCGCCCCGCCCCCCAACCCACCACAAGCGCACUCUGAGUCACCUGGGCUGGUGCCCGAGAGGGCCUUGGCUGUGAAAGGGUUGAGAGGCCGGCUGACGAUGGCCGACUCCUUCUCCAGGAAGCCCCGCACAUGGUCCUGCGAGGCCGCCCGCUGAAGCUCCUUCUGCUCCUCCCGCCGGGUGCCCCGCUGCUUCUCGUAGGCCUGCCAGGGGCGGAAAGUAGGCUGAGCAUCUGCCCGUGAGGGUGGCUUUGGACCACCCUGGGGGUUUGGAGGUAUCUUCCUCUCAUUUCACAGGUGUCUGGAAAAUAUGAGGGGCCAGCCCUCUCUCCUGCUGCUAUACAUGGCAUUAACCACCUGCCUGGAUACUUCACCCAGUGGGGAGACAGACCAAGAAGUCUUCCUGGCUCCCCCAGAGGCCCAGAGCUUCCUGAGUAGCCAUAUCCGGAUUCCAAGAGCCAACCACUGGGACCUGGAGCUGUUCACACCAGGGAACCUGGAACGGGAGUGUCAUGAAGAGAGGUGUUCCUGGGAAGAGGCCAGGGAGUGUUUUGAGGACAACACUCUCACGGAGCGCUUUUGGGAGAGCUACAUCUACAAUGGCAAAGGAGGGCAUGGACGAGUGGAUGUGGCAGGCCUGGCUGUGGGACUGACGUGUGGUGUCCUGCUCAUUGUCCUGGCUGGCCUGGGAGCCUUUUGGUAUCUGCACUGGCAACGCCGCCGAGGCCAGCAGCCCUGUCCCCAAGAGGCCGGGCUCAUCAGCCCGCUGAGUCCUUUGAGCCCUUUGGGCUCACCGACGCCCCUGCCUCCACCCCCACCCCAACCCCCAGGCCUCCCCACCUAUGAGCAGGCGCUGGCAGCCUCUGGGGUACACGACGCACCUCCACCCCCCUACACCAGCCUCAGGAGGCCUCACUGAAGAGCUGCUUUCGAGACCCGGCUUUCCGAACCGUACCCCUGAUUCACACUGGAUUCCGGAAGCCCCUAGGCCUCGUAGACGCCGAAGCUGGACUUGGAGGGGGGGGAUGGUGGGAGUAGGGGUCGUCCGGCCCGAGGCUUGCCCUGGCACACGCGUUUCCGCCGCGUAUGGAUAUACACAUGUUCUCGGCAACGUGUUCCCGUGUCCUGGCCCCUCACGGGCCCCCACACUCCUGACCGUGAGGGCACUGGUCAGUUCCGGCCCCGUGGUAGGCAGACGCGCGGGGAAAUUCGGACCCAGGAGCCCAGCCCCGGUGUGCCGUCUUGUGUAUGGGCAGAUAUGACCUGACAGUCCCCUCCAGUGCCACAGGGUACGCACACGCAGAGCCCCGCCUGUGCACACGCGUGUCUUCGUGCACUCCCUGUGCGGUACAGAGGCACAUCGUAACCCAGGGAAAGGGCGGGGGGCAUAUUUGCAAGCGUGCUCGGUGCGGGCAGGCUCGCAUUGCACCCAGGGAGCUGGAGUUGAGCUGUUCCCCUAAAUAAAAACCCUUUGGAAAGGAGACCAAAAAAAGCAGAAAUAAUGCAAAAAAUAAUAAUAAUGAACCGCGAUCCCGGGCGCA